CAUGCGCACGAUAGCCUAUGAGGUGUUGUCCUUCAAUGGGCUCCCCUUUCGGACAUCUCUAGAUCCACCCCUGUAAGAAUGUGCCAGUAGUGUAUACCUUAGUACAGAGAAGCCAUAAUACUUUUACUCGUAACUUUGGCAACAGUACCAAAAAUGGGAUCAGUGACUAUAUCCAGAGGAUUUUUUACCUGCCUAUUAUGUUUCUCAACCUUGUCAACAUGGGCUCUAUGUUUUUUGAUAAUGAUGUACCCUUCAGAUCUAUCAAUUGUUAUGAAACAUAAAAGUUUUACAGAACCGAGUCAAACGAGAAUGCCAUCUUUAACAACUCCAAAAAGUGAUAUUAAGCAGGUACUUGAAGAUGAAUUUGAUAAGCACAUUGACUUAGUAAAAAUAUUAAAAUUGCGGGCUAAAAUAACCCGUCAAAGGUUGUCAUCAAAUAUGACUAUGUUGAUACCUCCACACCAACAGGACGGUGGAAGGGUGCAUUUUUACAGAUCAAAAACAAUGAAAACCCCACCUAAAGGACUACAAUUUAUCCCUCGGCAACGGACAUGCGCUGUAAUCGGCAAUAGCGGUAUUCUUCUGGGUAGUAAAUGUGGUGCUGAAAUCGAUGCUCAUGAUUAUGUGCUAAGAUCAAACAUGGCGCCGAGAAACAAUUAUACGGACGAUGUAGGAAAUCAAACUGACGUUAUGACCGUCAAUUCUAUGGCAACGAAAGAAGCUUUGAAGUGUAUCACGAAUGAAUCAUCUUCUUGUUAUUUCAAAUAUUUAGAUACGUAUCGUUACUUGAAUGGUUCGAUCCUCUGGUUCUCAAAAUUUGGUGUAUCAGCCAAGAGUCAUUUUCAGUUUGUAAACUUAUUUAGAAAACACAAGCUAAAUAUAUUAAUUGCUCAUCCUUUCAAGCCUUUAAAUGGAAUGAUUGCUAGUUUGUGGAAUAUGUUGAAGAAGAAAUACAGUCCAUCAUCCGGCCUAUUCUUAUACACUGUGUCGGUAUCUAUUUGCGACAAGAUAUCCAUGUAUGGAUUUUAUCCAUUUGGAACCGCUCCUGAUGGCAGCGACUUACCAUACCACUAUUAUAACGAUAAAUUUAAUUCAUUUAAGUCUGGUCAUAACAUUCCUUAUGAGUUUCGUAAACUGCUUUCGUUGAGUAAACAAGGUUACUUUAGAAUAGUGACUGAUAAAUGCGUUAUUUAAUAAAUUGAAUCUACAGUAUUAUAUUUACAUUUAGAGCAGUCACUCCAUAGAGUGCAUACGUCUGCCCUGUGCCACCUGAAUGCUAAUAAUAUGUUAGUUCUUCUUUAUUUGUUUCACACUCUCAGAUUAAAACAGAGACCAGCCAAUUCUGGCUUAUGAUUAUAAUACAGGGUAUUUUUAAAACACAAGCAAAAAACAAGAUUAAAAAAGUUUUAAACACAAAAUAUACAAACAUUUCCUAAAAAUAUGAUUUAUUUAAACACAAUAGACUGCCGUAAGGAGAGGAUUUGACAGGCAAAUCUAGCUACCCUAUAACAGUAGUUGCCAUCGCUUAUUGAAAUACUGAAUUUUUCAUUAGAGGUUAAAUCUGCAAAGGAUGGGUUGAUUUGAACAAUAUAAUCGUACAGGUGGGAUCUGAAAUCAUUGUAUAUUGGACAUUCAGUAAAGCAGUGUAAUUCAUUUUCUAUACUAUUCAAGUUGCACAGACUCCAUUUUUGGAGGUACUUUUCAUACGUUGGGCUUCACAAUAAUGAGUUAUUAAAAAGGGUUUGAUACGUUUUGUGGUCUGCAA